AUGCAAACCUACACACACGUGCCUUCAAAUGUAAACAAACAAUGCUAAUCGAACGCAGCACAAGAUGACCGAGAAAUCCAAAACAAAACGGACCGCCAGCGACUCCGAUUCCGAUUCAGAGGAUGAUGCACAGGUGCGGCAGUUCCUGGAGGCAGCGGACACCACGCUGCUGACCAAUGCAAUGUUCCAAAGCGACACAAAAGAGGGAGACGGGAAGGAGUCUAUCAAGGAAGCGGCACAGGCGCCGCCUGCCAAGAGCGAACGCUACCUGGAGGAGCAGGAUGCCCCGGCCAGCGAUCUGCAGAUCACCAAGGAAAUGCAAACCCACAUUUGGAGUCGCCUGAGUGGGAUAAUCCAAAGUCAAAUCGAGUUCUGCCACAACAACGAGAAGCCAAAGCACCAGGAGAAGACGAAUGAGCACGAGGAGAGCGGAGUGAGACUGGUGUCCAACGCCGAUUGCUAUCUGAUUGCCGACUUGGUGGUGGAAGGUCCAGCCGGUCCCAGCAAAAAGCCCAUCAUCAAAAGAAGAGUCAUAGACGAAGACAACGAACCAUCCAGGCCAGAGACCACGACGGCCCUUCUCCAAGCAGUGGCAGUCAGUGGAGAGUCCGUAUUGGAGGGCAAGGACGUGCUCGCCUGGGCAGAGAAGAAACAACGGCCGGAUAAGCUCUUCCAGUACAGAUCUAGCGGUGAUGCCAAGGGAGGCAAGCUGUUGGCCAUCGAGCCCACCAACGAAUUCACAAAGCGCCGGCGCCAGAACAAUUGGAAUGAGUCCAAAAUUGCCAGGAGAAAGAAGAAUAAAGCCUGAAAGUUGUGAUAAGAAAGUUAUUUAA